UUGUCAGCUGUUAUCUGUCGUUUCGGAGUGCAUCUCUUAUUGAGAGCGCCUGUUGCCCGUUACGGCUUUAUCAGAUUUAGUUUUACUUUCCAGUUUAUUGUUGAGGAAUCCUGGGACAAUGCUAAGCCAAUCCAUAAAAUGUAUUGGCAACUUGACAAAUAAAGCUAGACACAUGUCGGUAGUGGCAUCGAAGUUAAAAUACGAUAAAUAUGGGGAACCCGUGGAUGUAGUAAAAUUGUGCAAGGAAGAAGUAUCGGAUCCAGUAAACAAUGAAGUUUUAGUGAAAAUACUAGUGUCUCCAAUAAAUCCGGCGGAUAUAAAUACAAUCCAAGGAAAGUAUCCAGUCAAACCCAAAUUCCCUGCAGUGGGAGGCAAUGAAGGAGCUGGCGAAGUCAUCAGUGUGGGGCCAAAAGUCACCAAGGUGAAAAAAGGUGACAUAAUUAUACCUGUUGCCACAGGUUUAGGAACAUGGGCUUCGUAUGCAAAAUUCACUGAAGAAAACAUUCUUAAAAUCCCGGGUAAUGUGGGGAUCGUUGAAGCUGCCACAAUUACGGUGAACCCAUGCACGGCGUAUCGAAUGCUGAAAGACUUCGUUCCACUGGCAGAAGGCGAUACCGUCAUUCAAAACGGAGCAAACAGCGCUGUUGGUCAAGCGGUUCACCAAUUGUGUAAGGCAAUGAAUAUCAACUCCGUUGGCAUUGUCCGCGAUCGUGCUGACAUCGAAGAUUUACGCAAGCACCUAUGUUGCCUUGGAGCGACUGCUAUAUUGACGGAAGAGGAGAUACGUACAAGCACGAUUUUCAAAGAUCGUCUAAAAAAGCCAAAGCUAGCUUUGAAUUGUGUGGGCGGUAAAAGUGCCACAGAGCUUACCAGGCAUAUCGAUUCGAAGGGCACCCUUGUGACUUACGGUGGUAUGUCGCGUGAACCCGUUACAGCGUCGACAGCCGCUCUCAUUUUCAAGGAUAUAUCGUUCAAAGGUUUUUGGAUGACAAGGUGGACGAAGGAAAACUUUAAUACCGAGGAACGUGCAACCAUGUUUAAAGAUCUUUUCAACUUGAUUUCGGAAGGGAAAUUGAAAGCCCCCAUCCACGAACUAGUUCCCAUAGAAAAUUAUAAGGAUGCUCUGGAUAGCGCUCUAAAUUUUAAAGGAUUCACAGGAAAAAAAUAUAUUUUAGACUUUAGCAAAUCUUGAGCAUAAGGUUCAAGAUCUUCUCUCAAUUGUCGAUAUUACCCUGAACUUGUUAUUCGUAGUCUAUGUUGGUGUUAUUUGGUGAAUAAAUGUUUGACAAUGCGAA